GUAAACAAUCACACAUUGAAUCUUGUUCAUUCGAUUUUUCUGUGAAAUUAGGCCUCACCAGGUCAUCAGUAACUUUAUGCAAUGAAUGAACAUUAAGAUGGCGUGUCCAGGGUGCAUAGGAAGUUGGAAAGCAUGGCUCAGGCCGUGCGUGAUCGUGUUUUAUAUGGUUCUACUUCUGAUAGCUUUGCCACUGUGUGUUGUGGAACUGGACAGCAAGGAUGCACCAGCUGAUGUUGAGGCUUGGUUUGUUGGGGGCAUAUUUGUGUUGGCCAGCCUCCCCAUAUCACUGUGGGGGAUUAUGCAACAUCUGGUGAACUACACAAGACCAUCACUGCAGCUGCCAAUCAUCAGGAUCCUGUGGAUGGUUCCUAUCUAUGGAUUAAAUUCAUGGUUCGCAUUGAUGUUUGAAUCUUUUGCCAUCUACCUGGACACCUUGCGUGAGUGCUACGAGGCCUAUGUUGUCUACAGCUUCAUGACAUACCUUCUCAACUUCCUGCACAGUGAGCAUACAGACUUUGAGGGUCACAUGGCAGAGAAACCUGAGAAGAGGCUACUUUGUCCGUGUUGCUGUUGCCCACCUUGGAAACCGGGGAAACAGUUUAUCAACCGAUGCAAACACGGUGUGUUACAGUACACAGUGCUCAGACCAGUGACUACUGUGAUAGCUUUAUGUUGUGAGCUUGGUGGUGUGUAUAAAUUUGGAGAGUUCAAUUUCAAGACAGCAUACACAUAUCUAGUAAUAGUAGACAAUAUAUCGCAAGGUUGGGCCAUGUACUGCCUGAUUCUCUUCUACACCGUCACAAGACAAGAGCUCAAUCCAAUCAAACCAGUCUCAAAGUUUCUCUGCAUCAAAGCUGUGGUCUUCUUUACAUUCUGGCAAAACUUCAUCAUAGCCAUUCUAGUAAAUGCAGGAGUGAUUCAAAAAAUAGAGCACUGGAAGUACUAUGAUCCAAAAGAAAUAACCAUGGGACUCCAGAAUUUCCUGAUUUGUGUUGAGAUGUUCAUUGCUGCGAUAGCGCAUUAUUUCUCCUUCUCGCACAAGCCGUACAUUGAUGCAGACGUUGAGCAGCAGACGUGUUGUGAGUCGUUUAUGUCCAUGUGGGAUGUGUCAGAUGUCAGGGAUGAUGUGGUAGAACAUGUCAGGGUUGUAGGUUCAAAUAUCAGGAAAAGAGUCCCAGGAAAGGCUUGGAGGCAGCAGAAACAAGCAGAGCCAGUCAACUCGGAGCAUACACCUCUACUUAGUGGAUCAGAUUCACGCAGUUCUCUUCAUGAACCGGAUAAUGUCAGGGUCAUAACUGAUGCUGAGGUUCAUCCAGAAGCACUGCAAGCUGCAAGCAAAGGAUCAGCUAGUGCAGCUACAUUAUUAGUUUCGAGUACUGAGAGCGACCCCUAUAGUGGAACUUUAAGACCAACUGAUUCGGACAGUAUGACUAAUCUGGCCAGAUUUGGUUCAAGUAUUGAUUCCCGGCUCUCUCAUAUCUCGACACAUUCAAAGGACAGUGGCCAAGGACAUGUUCGACCUGAUGUAGUUCCUGUGAGUCCUACAAAGGGGCGCUCUUCCUCGAGGGAGAAUCCAUUCAAUGAUGUCAUAGAAACAGAGGAGCCUCCGUUGAUAAACUUUGGAGAAUGCAGUAUAAGCACUGGUAGUCAAGGUGGCGAGAGCACAAGUAGUCAAGGCGAUGACUCAAGUCAAAACUCACAAGCUGGAUAAUUGAGACUAAAUAAGAUGUUCAAUCCAGGGUUGUUUUUUUAUAAUUUGGACUCUAAGCGUCAUCCAGGGAUUUUGUAUUGGCAAUUAGGCCAAUUAGUUUUGUAUUGUUAUAUUCCUUUGAUAAUCUGAGCUAUAAGUUCUAAUAAUUAACUCUCCUGUACAAAAUAAGGGCACUCUACUUCGAGAUAGAAUCCAUUCAAUGAUGUGAUAUUGAUUUUUGAGGUUAGGGCCUCGUCAUGAAUAUACUCAUUUGUUGUCCUGCUGUUCUCAUCACUCGACCUAAAGCAGACUGAAGAAACAAACAUGAUGAUGGUAUCAAUAUAAUACGUGAUGUGCACAUUAAUGUUUGCUAUUA